AUGGCGCGCAGCGCUGAGCUCCUGUUCCUGCGGAGCGCCGGGGUGCGCCACCUGGUGACGCUGUCCUCCGAGUGCCCACCACACCCGGCGGUGACUGACUAUCUGCGUCAUACGGUCCUGCACGUGGAGGAGUUCGAGGCGCCCACCCUGCAGCAGAUCGACCAGUUCGUGAACAUCUGCAAGGAGGCGGCCAGGGAGGACCAGGCGGUUGCAGUGCACUGUCGGAUGGGCCGGGGUCGGACCGGCGUCAUGGUCGCCUGCUACCUGGUCGCUUUUGCUGACCUGACCCCACAGGAGGCCAUCUCACGCACCCGACAGAUGAGGCCGUACUCUGUCGAGACAUAUCAGCAGGAGCGCUCUGUCGGCGAAUAUUACGAUCUGUUCUGUAAACGCAGGACGUAG